AUGGCAUCUUCUACAUGUUUGCCGGUGGCAGCGACUACUUUGACUGCAGCUCCUGUCACACCUGCUGGGCAGGUGAUUUUGGAUUCCGGCUGCAGGACUGCCGUGGCUGGACAGUACUGGCACGAGGCCUUUCAGGCGAAGCUCAUGCAACUUGGGGUGCCAUGGUGGCAGGUAGAGGAGAACGAGACUUUCCAGUUUGGAAGCGGCGUUCCUGAGGUGAGUCGUGUUGCCUUCUUGUACCCGGCAGGCCUUGGAGCAGAAACUGUGGAUGUCGUUCGGAUCAGCCAAGUCAAGGGGGAUGCGAAGGCUUGCCCGGGUUUGGUUGGUCCGUCGGAGAUGGCUCGAUGGAAGGUUGUCUUCAAUUUUUCGGACAAAACGGUGCAGAUCCUUGGCCGAAAGACGAUCAUGAGUUUGACCUCCGCACGACAUCCCGCCUUGCUCUUGACCGACUAUCCACGUGGAUUUCCUCCGGGCAAGCAGCAACUCGAGGCACAGCUCCGGGACAAGAUUAAGCUACUUCGUGAUAGUCCUCAAUCCCUUGCCUUUGUGAGUCAGCCCAUGCCUUCAGAAGACCAUGAUGAGGCCUACGACGGCGACACUUCCGAGGAUGCAGGCGAGCACGUGGGCGAGGACGCAGGGAAUGUCGACUUCUUCGGCGAUUUUGGCGAUGAGCUGAGGAAGAAGAAAGUUGAGGAGUGGAAAAAUCUUCUUCAAUCCGACCUGGGUGUUCUAGUGAUUGCGGACUUGCCGGAGGCAGAGCACACCACUUCGGAGCACGAGUCCCACAUGUCCUCGGGUACGGAGCUUCGGGCGGACGACGACGACAUUUCCAUCACGAGCCACGAGUUUGGAGUGGAGUUCCUGGAGGAAUCUGAGGACGACACGGACGCUCAGAACGAGCAUGAGGAUGGCGAGCAGGAUGGAUCCGAGCCGGACGUGACGGGCAAAUCGUGCUACUUCCACAGGGCACUUCGCCGCAAGGUGGGGCAUGCUUGCCAUGCACUCUCAGCGUUUGCCAAGACCAUGCUUGCUGGCACGGCUUUGACUGCGGCUUCCACGGCUACGCCCUCAACGACCACCAUGUCUCCUAUGACUUCUUCGUCUCCUUCAAUGGCGUUUCCAGCUACCAGGUUUAAGAGACGACCAGGUCCAUGGAGGAUUGUGGAAAUUUUCACGUGGUCUAUGGCUCUCUCCUUUGCUGCUUCCCGUCGUGGGUGGCACGUUGGCGAGCCACUGUCAUUACCACAAUGGGACCUCCUCGACCCUGUGCACCAGGCUCAGGCUGAAGCCUACUUGGAAGAGUUUCAGCCUGACUUUCUGGCCAUCGCCUGGCCAUGUACCAAGUGGAGUAUCCUGCAAACCUUCGGUCGUCGCAGCCCCAAGUAUCUUCAGCGUCUGGCAGCCGAACGUCAAGAGCAACGACGAUUGCUUGCAUGGGUCCAACGUGUUGUUCUACGACAUCGCGCCCGUGGUGGAGCCAUCCUGGGUGAGAACCCUUGGAACAGCGCUGCCUGGCGCGAACCCGUCGUCAUGGACACCUACGAUGGCUUGCCUUCCGGCAAAACCGAAAUGUGUGCCUUUGGACUUCGCCGCCCUGAUGAUGAAUUCCGCCCUGGCCCUGGUCUCUUUCUUCGCAAACCUACACGUCUGCGAGCUCAAUCUGAAAUUCUGGAGGCGGCCUGUCGACUUUGCCCUGGCAACCACCGCCACGUUCCUUCUUUGGGAGGGGUCAAAGUCAAGGGCCGAUGGUGCUCUGUUGCCGAGUUCGCGGGCGGCUACACCCGAAAGUUUGCGGAGGCGGUCAUCAGAGGUGCUGAGAACUACUUGGGGGGCAAACUACGCGUCAACAGCUUCUGGACCUCCCCUACUUUGCCUGAGGAAAUCUUCAUGAACACGGACGUUGACGUGUAUGACCAAAGUAUUCAUCAGGUGCUGCAGGAGGAUGAGGUGAGCCAUGGUGCGGAGGACGCGGAUGACGGCAACGGCGACGAAGAGCUCCCCGAGUUUCCGGAUAUCGCUGAAGCAGUGGAGGAUCUGGAUCUUCCUCACACUAAUCUCAAGGAGGAGGAUGCUGCUCGGGGGAUCGUUGAGAUGCGCAAGUUGGAUGACAAGGGCAAGAUGGCGCGUUUGCACUUGAUCCACAGGCGGCUUGGACAUCCGACUAACGAGGCUCUGGUUCGCAUGUUGGAUGUUGGGGGCGCAAAUCAGGAUUUGCUGAAGAUGGCGUCCACACUGAAGUGUCCUACGUGUGAGCUUUCAGCACCUCCCAAGAGACCUUUACCUGCUAGGCCGGAAGCUCGACCCAUAUGCUUCAACUCCCUUGUGCACCUGGACUUGAAGUAUCAACAUGACUUCAAGAAGGAGAUAUAUGUGGCUCUCUCGAUAGUUGAUGGACAUUCUGCACAUUUCCUGGUGUUUGGACGCCAAGCUUUCUUUCCGGAGCUGCUAGACGAGGAGGUGUGGGGUUCUGCGUCUUUAGGCCAUGCUCUCAGCACCGAAAGCGAAGUCGCACGACUCUCAGAACAGAGGGCUGCUGCCAAAGUAGCUCUACUUCGUGGAGACGUCCAAGAGAAACUUCGCAAAGCCCUCCGCAGAGCUCCUGGUGGUGAAGCCCGCGCCUACGAGCCAGGCGAACUCGUGUACUUUUGGUCGCCUACAGGAUCCAAGCCAGGAGUGAGGUACCGCAAGGACGCUGGCGCCUGGAGGGGGCCAGCUGUUGUUUUGGUGCCAGACGGCGCGAGCAGAUACUUUGUGUCAUGGAGGGGAAGAUGCCUUUUGGUUGCUGCAGCCAACUUAAAAGGGGCAUCGUUGGAGGAGUCGCGGGACCACGACCUCAGGCUCCGUGAGGGUGAGAUAGAUCUCGCGAAGGGAUAUGUAGAUCUCACUCAAGACCUUCCUCCUCCAGGCGAGCCCGAAGCUCCUCUUGAUCCUGUUGCACCUGGCCUUUCCGUGAGGAGACGGGCAAAAGGUUUUGGCAGAAAGAUGACAGAGGCACGUAAGAUGAUGCAAGGCUUGAAGUCUAUCAAGCGCAUCCUCCAGGGUCCCAUGGACAAGAAACUUCGACGACGACUUUCCGGACAACGAAGCCGCAAGCCUCAGCAAGAGUCUCCUGUUCCUGAACUUUCUGUACCUGGAGAAGCGGCUCAGCUUCCUGCAGAUGGUGCAAACAUGCAUAAUGAAGAGUUGCCUGAGGAUGUGCAGGGCUACUCGCCGGACUACCCUCCUGACUCAGUUUGGGAAGACGAGCCUCCUGCUGAUUUGGUAUCUCCUGAAGAUCUGAUACCAGAUGCUGCGUUUCCUAUGCCUCAUGAUCCACGACCUCGACGAGAGCGCCUCUUGGACGACUUGCCAGCGCAGUUUCGAAAGAGGGGACCAGAGCACCUGGAAGACUUGGACGAGGCUGCCCUAAAGAAGGUGAAGACCUCGGAGUUCGCCAACUACGUGUUCACAGCCGUCUCAGAUGCUCAGCUUUUUGGGACGGAGGAGAAGGCCAACGAGAGCAUGGCCAUGCGAUGGUUGCAAGAGAGUCUGCUGAGGAGGAAGUACAAUCCGGACUGCGUCUAUGUUGCCAAGGAAGACAGCAUAUAUGAGGUUCCUGUUCCGGACAGCAAGCUCAUCCAUGCGGCCUUCCACGACCUGUCGGAGGAUGCCCUCAUCAAGGAGGCAUUCUUGCUCAAGAUGAAGGCGAGUGGCAAGGAGUUGGAUCCCAAGUUCUUUUCGCAGCAGGAGCAGUCCGACUUUGACGACGCUGACCAAAAGGAGUGGGAGGCUUGGCUCAAGAAUGACGUCAUCCGGAGGCUGACUUCAGAAGAAGCCAAGAAGGUUCCCAAGAGUCGCAUUUUCCGAGUUCCAGCAAGGAUUGUGCGUGUCAACAAGCUUCCUCCUGGCAAGCUUGGUCUCAAGGCGAAGAGUCGGAUUGUGCUGCCGGGUCAUCUGGAUCCGGAUUUGGGUGAGGUGCGGCUUUGGUACGAGAAGGCCAAGGAAGAUCUCUUGUCGUGUGGUUUCAUUGAGCUAGUCUUUGCCCCGGCAACGUUCAUUAAACUCGUCAAGAGGGCUGGAAGAAACGUCGUAGUUGCCAUACUGUGCCUCCACGUUGACGAUGGCUUCCUGACGGCAGAGCGCGGAAAGGUUCUGGAGGAGGUCCAGCAGUCCAUCAACAACCUCUUUUCCAUCAAGGAGUGGAUUCAGGUGACCGACAAGCCUACUGCCUACUUGGGGAUGCAGAUCUAUCGUAAGGAUGGUUUCUUCUUCAACGACAUGACGGAGUACAUCCUCGCGGUGAAGAAGGCAGCAAUCCCUGAGCGAGACCCAGAGACUCCUUUGACUGUUCUGGAGUUGAAGGAGUUUAGGCGAAUGGUUGCACAGCUUCGUUGGCCGGUGCACCUGGUUUGCCCAGAGUUUCUGUUUCGAGUCAGUGCCUUGGCCCAGCGUGUGAGUGGAGCUAAGCUGUCGGACCUGGCUGACUGUACCACCCUUCUGUCAGACCUCCAAGAUGCUGCACGACAAGGCCGGGAGAUCCAAUUCUUAUCAGUUUCUUUGACGCGUCCCUCGGCAAGACUGGUGAGGCAGUGGCUCAAAGAGGUGAAGCUCACUUCAUCUCAAGCUUCCGCUCUGCAAGAAGAGGGCAAGGCUUCUCUGCUUGAGUUUCAUUCCAACAAAGUGGCCCGCGUUGUGCGAAGCUCCAUGGCGGCAGAAUGUUGCUCUAUGGCUUCUACCGCCGACCGGCUGAUCUACAACUUGAAGCUCCUGGACGCCCUGGCCUAUGGAGAGGUGAACAUCUCUUCUGAAUGGCGAGGAUACCUCCGGUCUUCUGGAAGCUUGGUCACGGAUGCCAAGAGUUUGUACGAUUAUGUACAUGGGUCUAGUCUUCUGACAACCGAGAGGCAGACUUCGCUAGACAUACUAGCCGUCAGACAAAUGGUCCAAGAAGGCCUCUUGAAGCUGUUUUGGUCGCCAACCUGGAAACAAUUCGCAGACGUGUUGACCAAAGACAUGAUCGAUGAGCUUUUCCUGAAGUUCCGUCAGACUGGCAGCCUGAAUUUAGUUCAGUCAGCAGAAGACCAGCAGGAGGAGGAGCGUAGAGCUUCUCUAAGACGUGCUCAGCGUGAGAGAAGAAAGCUUCGGAUGAAGCAGUUGGCCUGA